AUGGGCGGAGAAUGAACGCAAAUCGGUCGCAUUAACAUGCACGACAGGUGUUGCUUGCAGCAAUUUCUCACCGGUGUUGAAGCCCAUGACAAUUCACAAGUGGUGUGGAGUUGGGGAUGGCAGGAUGUGUGGUAUAAAAUUAAGGGGGAUGAUGGCAACUGAUGACAGAUUAAUACCUGCACGAAACAGAAUUUUGUCAACAGAUAUCUUAAUAAUUGAUGAGAUUUCCAUGUUCAGCAGAAGAAUGUUUGAUAUGCUUGAAACAGUUUUGCGAAUAAAGGAUACAAGCCACACAUUUGGUAACAUACAGAUAAUAGUUGUUGGUGAUUUUUUGCAACUUCCACCAGUAAGAAAUUUAAGAUAUGAGGACCUGGGUGAGUUUGCCUUUACCAGCAAAUUUUGGCCACCACACAGCAUAUUUUUAGAUUCUGUAUUUAGACAGAGAGACGAAUCUCUCAUAAGCCUCAUCAGAGAGUUAUCUUUAGGGCAACUCAGUAAUGACAGUCAGAAGCUAAUAACUUCUCUAGCCCGGGAAUUGCCACAAGAGGAUUGUAAAUUGGUGAAGCUAUAUGCAACCAACAUAUUGGUGGACCUUCACAACAGAAGUCGAAUCAUGGACCUUGACGGCCAAAUGUAUUCCUUCCAAUCCACAGAUAAAGGAGAUGAACGAGCCCUGAACACUUUGGUGGUACCACCAACAUUAUGGUUAAAGAUCGGUUGCAGGGUAAUGCUUCUAAAGAAUCUGUCUGACAGACUUAUGAAUGGGCUGCAGGGUGAGGUUCGAGACAUCAGAGAGGAUGCUGUCCAUGUUUUCUUCCCUAUGUUACAUGAAGUGGCCACUAUCCUUCGAUGUGCUUUCACAAUUUUUGACCCGACUACUGGACAUAUCAUUUGUGAGAGAUACCAGUUUCCACUGAAGCUCAGCUAUUGCAUGACAAUUCACAAAUCCCAGGGCAUGUCACUAGACAGGGUUGAAGUAAACUGCCGGCAUAUAUUCCAGUCUGGUCAGUUGGGUGUGGCAAUUGGUCGUGCCAGGUCUAUAGAAGGUUUGAGAAUCGUGAACUUCUCCCAGGAUGCUGUGAUACCACAAACACAAGUUGUCACUGAUUUUGUAGCCCAAGAAGGCAGUCCAUUUAUUGAUGACUGUUCAUGCUGUCGGAAUUUGGUAGAUUGGUUUGACUUUGUUGCCAUAGGAAUGGGUUUUCCAGUCAUUGAACCAUGCCUGUAUUUCUUUGAGGUCCUUUAG